GAGAUAACGGGCCCGGGCGCGUGGGAACGGCCAGCCAGGCCCGUGCCUCCCGCCGCGCGUCCGGGAGGGGCGCCGGGGAGCCGGGCGAGUAGGGGGACAGCGCCAGGAGCGGCGGGCGCGUGGCGACAAGCGGCGCACCCAGAAGCGCACCGCCGCCCUCGCCGCGGGGUCAGGCUCCCGAGGGCCCGGCUGGUGUCUAAUAGGCCAAAACUGAACAAAAUCCCGAGUUUUCCAGCUCUUGCCCCUGUUCUUUGCCUCUCGUUUUGUUGGUGAAGAUAUCACAGUGAUGUCUGCAUUCAACCUGCUGCAUUUGGUGACAAAGAGCCAGCCAGUGGCCCUGCGAGCCUGUGGGCUUCCCUCAGGGUCAUGUAGGGAUAAAAAGAACUGUAAGGUGGUCUUUUCCCAGCAGGAACUGAGGAAGCGGCUAACACCCCUGCAAUACCAUGUCACUCAGGAGAAAGGGACCGAAAGUGCCUUCGAAGGAGAAUAUACACAUCACAAAGAUCCUGGAAUAUACAAAUGUGUUGUUUGUGGAACUCCGUUGUUUAAGUCAGAAACCAAAUUUGACUCCGGUUCAGGUUGGCCUUCAUUCCACGACGUGAUCAAUUCUGAUGCGAUCACAUUCACAGAUGACUUUUCCUAUGGGAUGCACAGGGUGGAGACCAGCUGCUCUCAGUGCGGUGCUCACCUUGGGCACAUUUUCGACGACGGACCUCGUCCAACCGGCAAAAGAUACUGCAUAAACUCGGCAUCCUUGUCUUUCAGCCCUGCAGAGAGCAGUGGCGCCCAGGGGGACAGCGCGGGGGUCAGCCCGGCCCCCAGUGACAAGACGGAGCUGUAGAGACGCGGCUGGAGGCGGCGACAGAAAAAACAAGUGUACUUAAUGCACAGCUUAUUAAAGCAAAUCCCAUAGCGUUUA